CUGUCCCUCUGAUUUUGUCCUGUCCUGCUGUCCGGUCUCUCCCAGGCUCUGCAGUGUAUCUGCUACUCAGGGGAGGGGGGCGGGUGGGAGGAAGCAACACAAAGGAAAAGAGGGAGGAUAAGGGAGGGUGGAGAGGAGGGAAUCCCACUGACAUCAUUGCUCAUUAGCAUGUGUGACCUCAUCAAGGGGCGGGACAAUUUCCCCAGGUGUAUGGGGGGAGGGCAAGUGUGUGUGUGGGGGGGUGGCAUUUAAAGCAAAAAGCUGACAGUGCUGCUGAGUGAAGCAGUGAGCGCGAGCCGCGAGGCUGCACACGAACACGCACACCGAUGCACACGGACCUCGACAGCGGCAUGGACACGGACACAGAAACCACAGCACUCUGUCCUUCCGGCAGCCCCACGGCCUCCCCACCGGAGACACCCGCGCCAGAAGCAGAUGCCACUUUGCUGAAGAAGCCAGAGAAGCUGUUGGCAGGAUCGGACCGGGGUGGGCCCCCCUUGGCCCCUGUGGUUCCCAGGCGAAGGGGCAGUAUGCCUGUGCCAUAUAAGCACCAGUUGCGGCGGGCCCAAGCUGUGGAUGAGCUGGACUGGCCACCCCAAGCCUCCUCCUCUGGCUCCUCGGACUCCUUGGGCUCAGGGGAGGCGGCCUCUGCCCCGAAGGAUGGCAUCUUCAAGGUCAUGCUGGUGGGGGAGAGCGGUGUGGGCAAGAGCACCCUUGCAGGCACAUUUGGGGGUCUCCAAGGGGAUGGCGCUCAUGAGUCGGAGAACACAGAGGAGACCUAUGAGAGACGCAUCACAGUGGAUAAGGAAGAAGUGACUCUGAUUGUGUAUGACAUCUGGGGACAGCAGGGGGACACAGGUGCAUGGCUGCGGGAUCACUGCCUCCAGACUGGGGAUGCCUUCCUCAUCGUCUUCUCCGUCACUGACCGAAGAAGCUUCUCCAAAGUCCCUGAGACCCUGCUUCGGCUGCGGGCUGGCAGGCCCCACCACGACCUGCCUGUCAUCCUGGUGGGAAACAAGAGCGACCUGGCCCGCUCCCGGGAGGUGUCACUGGAAGAGGGUCGCCACCUGGCCGGGACGCUGAGCUGCAAGCACAUUGAGACUUCUGCCGCGCUGCACCACAACACUAGGGAACUCUUCGAGGGUGCUGUGCGCCAGAUCCGGCUGCGGCGGGGCCGGGGCCGCGCGGGGGCUCAGCGGCUCGAGUCUGGCAGUCCCGAGGGUCCCGCACCGUCCGCGCGCCGCGAGAGCCUCACCAAGAAGGCCAAGCGCUUCCUCGCCAACCUGGUGCCGCGCAACGCCAAAUUCUUCAAGCAGCGCUCCAGGUCGUGUCACGACCUCUCUGUGCUCUGAGCCACGGUCGCCAUGGCCACAGCAGUUGCCAUGGCUACUGCGCCCUCCGUGCACGCCCUUGCCCCGCCCCGUCCGGCUUCCUCGGUUGGAAGCCAUCUAGGAAACCAAAAAAUCCCAGGAUGUCUGGGUGUGCCCGCGGGCGCUGCCACCACCGCGCGUUCUCCGGACGCCUGGCACACCGCGGGAGUGAGCUGGGCGUGUGGCCAGAGGGCGGGACGGGCUUGUGGGUCAGGACGCCAGGUGACUCCCUAAUGGUUCUUUUGCUCACUUCUGAAAAAAAGAAAAGAAAAAGAAAAAAGAACAGACCUGGGAAAGUGCUUUGUAGACUCCUUGCCGGAGUUUACUUCCUUUAUAUUUUGUGUGAAUCUGCCUCACCUUUAUUAGAGAUACUUAAAGGUAAACACUCAGAAACCUUCCUCUUCCAGAGACCUCUGAAAGCACUCUAGCUCUUCUCUGCUGCACUUGUCCACUUUGCCCCUUAAGAAGCUUUUAAAGGCAGGGGAAUCCUGGGACCGCUAUUCUUGGUUUGAGUCUGUGGUUUACCAGGCCACCAUGGUACUUCCCCUUUAAGGCUAUUAAAUGUAAGGUGUGGACAGAUUUUUCUGCCUUCUGAUGCCAGUGUGAAAAGCUGAGUGGUGGUUAACCCCCUUUGGCCAAGGCCCAGGAGGCCUCAGCAAGGGGCCACCCUUU